AUGCAACUUCAGCUAUGCUCUGUAUUCUUCACGUUCUCAUUAGGAACUAGAACUCAUUAUUUUGGAAGAACAAUCUUACAUGGUGGUUCUAAGUACAGAGCAACUGGUAGAGGCUUUGUUGUACAACAUAUAAAAUUUGCUGAUAACUAUAGGCUCUACUCAAGAAGUCAUUUUGUGAAGUUGCUGGUAGUGACAUUGCUUCGUAUAGUUUAUAUUGGUUAUGAGUACACUAAAGGAGAUAGUGUUUCGUAUGUUCUGCUGACACUGAGCAGUUGUUUUCUUGUGGUUUCAUGGUUGUUUGUGUCAUAUAUCUUCAACCCAUCUAGCUUCGAAUGGCAGAAAGUUGUGGAAUAUUUUAAUGAUUGGACUAAUUGGCUUAUGUAUAAAGGUGGGGUCGGAGUUGGGAACCUGGUGAGAUGAAGAACAAUCAGAGGGCGUGUACUUGAAACUAUCUUGUGCUUGAGGUUCUUCAUAUUUCAAUACAGAAUAGUCUACAAGCUCCAUCUCACUAGAAAUAAUACAUCAUUAUCGGAUCAAAGAUUGUCUAUUAGCCUGAGGUAUUAUCUGGUGUUAGUGAUGAAAGACAAGGUUCAUAUUCAAAGUGUUGUAGAGCUAACAAAUGGAUCUUCAGAGGAUACUAAAGAGCAAAGUGAUAGUGAUUCCCCUGACAAUAAUCCACAGUACAAAACCGUUUAUGUUGGCAACCUUGUCCCUGAAGCAAGACCUCUUAAUCCUAAAAUUUAUCUGUAUGAGACAAGUCUUGAGCAAUUAAGAGCUGAAAGUUGUAAUAAACUCAAAGUAGAUGGAAUUGUACCCUUACUAAUGUUAUUAGAAACAAAGUGUGUCAUUUUUUUAAUUAUUUCAUGCAAACUGGUGUUGUGA